AACUGUUUGUAACUCCAUACUAUCGAUGUUAUAAAAAUCGGAGUAAGGAUGGCAACCCUUCACUCUUAUUCGGUGCACACUUCCGAUCAAAAUGGAUAAAAACAAUGAGAAGAUCGGUGAGAAAAAAUUAAAAGCGGCUGAGAUUAAAUUAAAUAAAAUAUUGCGGAAGAUUAGUUUGCUUAAACUCAACAACUACGACAUUUCCCGGAUAGAUUUACCACAGAAUAAAGAAAGAAAGAAAUUAUUGUAUUUCAAUAGUUGGCUGAAGAAUUUUGCCAUUUGUGUCAUGGCAUUCACUGGGGUAGCAGCGAGCUGGUGGUGGCAUUACUCACAAUUCUAUCCAACCUGUCUCAUCCCACUACCUCUGGAGUCCAAGUCACUGUUCCGUUCUCCGGAAGACUGUUCCAUGUGUGACAGAGUGAGUGACGUCAUCCGGUUGGCUAACAUUACGGCAGAAGAGUUUGAAGGAGACUACGCUUAUACGACACAACCUGUGAUAGUAACUGAUGCGACCAAACAUUGGAAGGCUAUACAAGAAUUUAGUUUCGAUUUCUUCUCAAAAUUUUAUCGCACGACCAAAAUGGGUAGAAAAAUUAACGAAUGCUUUUACUUCGCGUAUAAAUCGGGUUUAAAUUCUCUGGACGAGGUCUUUGCUAUGGACGAGACGAGAGCGAAUUUGUCUGGAGAGCCCUGGUACGUGGGAUGGAGCACGUGUUACGAGGAAGAGACUAGGGCGCUACGGCAAUACUACAAGAGACCAUACUUCCUGCCGAAAACGGCGGAAAGCGAUAUGGUCGACUGGAUCUUCAUGGGAGGGCCGGGACAGGGCGCGCACAUGCACGUGGAUUCAGUCCGUCACAUGUCCUGGCAGGCCCAGGUCCGCGGGUCCAAGACCUGGCAGCUGGCUCCUCCGCCCGAGUGUCUCUACUUCUGUCGAUGGAUAACCUUCACAGUACAGCCAGGGGAUAUACUGGUGGUGAACACGAAUCGUUGGUAUCAUAAGACGACCGUCCUCCCCGGAGACAUCAGCAUCACUAUCGGAGCGGAGUAUGACUAACACUACGGCGUUUAUUUUUUCCAACAAUAUAUUAUUUAAUGUAUAUGUUUAUUGUUCCCUAACAAAUAAAACAACUUCAUGUGCUAAGAGAAUUAUAUAUUUAUUUGAACAUCGGAAGCUACGAUUAUCUAAAAGGAUUACACAUCGGUCACUGUCUACGGGAACUAAUGUUCUAUAAAAUGUAAUUUCUAUUUGUAAGUAUACAGAGAGA